AUGUCAGAAGCUGUACAUUCAAUUGCGAAGGAAGGAGAUCGGAGUCACGAUAGCAAAGGCGACUUUCCUAUCGACGAGGCUGUACUUCGAACUCUACCCGAAGGUAGCAACGUCCUCUCAUCUAACCGCCAUGGCUUCUCUGACUGGACCGUCACUGCUCGCUUGGUCGUCCUCCUCCCAGACGGCGUCGAGAAGAAAUACUUCCUCAAGAUCGCCACUGAAGAAGCUGGCCGGGUAAUGAUGGAAGGCGAGUACAACUCCAUAGCCUCACUCUACGAGAUAUCGCCAGACUUCGUCCCUAAGCCUCACACCUGGGGCAAGUUCAAGCUCGAAGCGCCAGAGACAUACUUCUUCCUAUGCGACUUCAUCGAUAUGACGAACACCCUGCCAGAACCUACCCUCUUCUGCGCCAAACUCGCGCAGUUGCAUAAAUUCAGUCGAUCGCCAACAGGAAUGUUCGGAAGUAUCCUGGGACCCAAGCUGGCCCAAUUUCUUCACAAAGCUCCUCCGGACCGCCCUUCGAUCGAGAAAAAAGAGAACGAACCAUGGCCAGCGUACGAAGCAACCUCAGCCCGAGUGCUAAGCCACGUAAUCCCCCGUCUCCUCGGUGCGCUCGAAGAAAACGGCCGCCAGAUCAAGCCAUCGCUCAUCCAUGGAGAUCUAUGGGAAGGUAACGUCGCCACAGAUGUGUCGAACGGCAAUAUCUACAUUUUCGACGCUGGUGCGUAUUAUGCGCAUCAUGAAAUGGACCUUGGUAUGUGGCGGUACGAAAGAUACGAGUUCGCGAAGAAGGCAGAGUACAAGCAAGAGUAUCUUCGGGUUAUGGGUGUGGAUGAACCGGUGGAAGAGUUUGAUGAUCGCAACCGGUUGUAUUGUGUUAAGAUGAAUGUUGUUCGUUCGGCGCAUCAUCCGGGGUGUGAGGAGAGGGAGAUGUAA